UCUGUGUUGUUUAUUCUCUUGUAUAGCACGACAAGAUCUGUCUCUACACAUAAAUAACAUUUUUCUAACUGUAGGAUGUAAUGAAAGAUUUGGUCUCACCAUGCCUCACAGUGGUUCUCAAAGGAAGUCUACUAGUGGUGUAUCACGAACGUUACAUUCAAGGUCUGCUGCACCAUCAACCACGGGGCGUGAAAGCACAUCUGAAGAUGAUAAGACCACAGUACAGCAUUUUGAACUGCUACACUAUGAUUGGCCAGAUCUACCGCCUAUAGCAGCCAUGAAGGACGCUGUCUGCAGGAAGGGAGUCAGUCGAGGGAUUUCUUAUUUACUUCCGGUUGAUAAGGGAAGCAAUUCAAUUAAUUGUAAAUAUCGAACCGAUCUAAGGGCGAUGUUUCAGGAACCAUAUGUCCAAGAUGACCAUCAGUACAACGACAGCCUUAUCAGCAUUAGAUCAAAAGUCCACUUCCUGACCAACCAAAGCCAAACUAGGUGGACACCACAGCUGACCAGAAGUGUCCCCAUUAAGCUCAACACGGCCUCGGAGAGUGUCAGGAAGACCUACUCACGCUCGGCACCUGUCAACGGGAAAAGAAGUGGCCUGGGCUAUGGCCUGGCCCCCAGGGGCGUGUACGGCCUACCCUUGAGAACACAUGCUCGAAAAUCAGAGCUAAGUCAAGAUCUGGCGAAAUUAAAGAAAGAAGCAGAUGACAUCAUCAGCCAAACUUUAAUGGAAUCAGACACAGGUCCAGUUAUUGAGAAAGGUCAGGAGGUCCCCAGCGAUAAGACCUUCGCUUUUCAGACAGAUUCAUGUGGGUCAAACUGCCCAGUGCAAACUCAUUUGUUUCCUAGGGUCCAUGGGAAUACUGGCAAUAUGCCAGUCAGUACUCUAGAUACUAGCCAGAUUGAUGACGCUGACCUGUCCACCAAACAGAAGUACGAGGAGUUUCGCAGUCUGCUCUCCAGGAAGUGUCAAGUGAACAGAGUCCCAGAGCGCUAUGUUUCUCCUUUCCUACACCAAGACCGCAACCAGGACAUCUGGAAUUGGUUACAUCAUGGAGAGACUAUCAGUGAAUUCGAUUAUUUCAUGUCCAAGUGUGGUUGAACCAAAAAACGCUGCAUUUUCACGCCUGUAUGUUUAGGUCGUUUUAUGACGGUUUCAAAAAGUUAAGUUUCAACAAUUUCACGACUAUUAAUUGGACUUAAAAUACAAAGAACAAUUAUCAUACACAAUUAGUGGGGAAAACAUGACUUCACUUGUAAAAUAAAAAAGGAACAGUUUGCAAUAAUUUUGGACGGAGUAUUAAUGAAUGGGUCAGUCCUAUUAACUCUUCAAAGUUCCAGUGACAUUACAGCACUGUAGAUAAAGUGGGUGAAGCUUUAAAGAGGCCGUUAGUGAGGCAAGUUUCUAGCGAAGUUUGUCCUUUGUAAGGUUAUCAGUCAGACAUCUUCUAAUGUAAUGAUUUGUACAAAUGUAUUCUAUUUUGUAAGUUACACAAAGCAGAGGUCAUUGACUUAUUCUCCUGAGUGUUGUGUAAGUGUGUGCCUGCCAUAAAGAAGAAGUUAUUGACUUUGUUAAGACUACUUGAGAUGUUUGAUGUUAUAUUAUAUGAAUAAUAUAUUAUAUGAAUUAUAUGUUAUAUGAAUAACAUUAUAUGAAUUAUAUGAUAUAUGAAUAAUAGAUUAUAUGAAUUAUAUGUUAUAUGAAUAACAUUAUAUGAAUUAUAUGUUAUAUGAAUAAUAGAUUAUAUGAAUUAUAUGUUAUGGAUUUGCACGUGUGUUUGUUGCUGUUGUUUCCAGCCACUGGUAUUCAAGAGUUAAGAGUGAGAUUCGUGGUGUCUAAAGUUUAUAGUGCAAAUAUCCUAUAAAACUGAAAUAUGCCAAAUUUUUUUUAGCCUUUUUUUAUAUUCUAUACAUAGUCUAUAUGUAUAUGACGCAGAUUUUAAAAAAAUUGUUUCUUGUCCUAAAGAGUAAUGGUGCUCAAACUACGGCCCCAGGUCCAUAUUCGGCUAGCUAACCGGCUCCUCGAAACUCCUGCCCUCUGUACUGUACAUAAUGGUGAGCCUCGGUUUUCACUAUUCGACGAUUUAUUUAGCGUUGAACGCGUGUUCCAUUUUUAAAUGGCCCCAAGGGUACAAAUAGUUGACUACCACUAGAGCUGGUGGUUAUCUAUAUUAUAAAGUAGAAUGUGAGGGGUAUGUAUGUAUGUUACUUAUAGACAUCAAAACCGCUUGACCAAUCUUGAUAAAACUAGGCAGGAAUGUUCCUUGGGUACCAACUUAGACCUUAGUGAAUGUAUUGUAGCCCUCAAAAAAAAAUAAAGUUGUCCGACUCUAUUACAGCUAUAGUAUUUUAUGGAUCUAGGCCAUGUCUACAAUGUUGACAUAAGAAAAGAUAGAAAGGAUUUAGACCUAGAUCUAAUUUUAAGAAAUACACUUUGCGCAUAUAGUUUUUUACUUUGACACGUGAAAAUACAAAAGAAGAUUCAUUGAUUUCAUUAUGUAAUAAAAUUAACCUUCAAUUUUGUGUUUCAAAAGCAUUUUUUACAUAAAUUAGUUCCUGAUAUCUGUGACUACAGAUUUCCUGACGAACAUUCUUUCAUUAGACAAUACCGUAAUGA